ACGUCAAUGUUUUCAUGGAAAGGGUUGCGUAGUAUUAAUUUGGGGUAUGCGCAUGUUCCGGAGCUGGAGUUCCCUUCAGCCAGUGAAAAAAGGACGACGGGCGUAUCUGAUACAACAUUUUUGUGUCCCUGUGAAUGGAAGGGUUGCACACACGUCAAAAAUGAGCGCGCACAUAACAAAUAGAAGAUUGCUACACAGUGGGGCAUUUCAUAAAAUAUACGUGAUAAAGAGGUGACCCAUUUAAAUUUUGGAAAAUGUCUUUACAAACCGAAUGCCAAUACCUUUGCCCUAGACUCAUAGACUAUUUGGCUAUAGUUGGGGCAAGGCCUUAUAAUGCACGAUCAAGCUCAAAUCCUCCGAUUCAGGUUCCUGAGCUUCUUCGUCGCUAUCCCACUCAAGAUCACAAAGAUUUUCCAAUGCCAUUGGAUAUGGUAUACUUUUGUCAACCGGAAGGUUGCUCGUCGGUUGGUCCACGACGAACAGCUCUCAGGGAAGCAUCUUCGUUUGUUUUUACUUUAACCGACAAAGAUUCGGGAAAAACGCGCUAUGGGAUUUGCGUUAACUUUUAUCGGCCGAUUGAAAAAUAUCAAAGCGGUAUUGGCACGGGAGGUAGAAGUAGCUCAACAUUUAGACGUGACUCGUGGAGGAAGAGCAUGGAGAAAAGUUCAGAUUCCGCAUUUUCAAGUGAUUAUAGGAGUAGCAAUGUAGGACCAAGUGACUCUGAAAAAGACUGUCCAAGCCGAAGAGAUUCUGAUGCUGUUGGUCAAAGUACAACACAACCACCUAGAUUAGGAGUUAUAGCACCGAGUAAUGACUCCGAGAGUGGUGGUAGUCAUACACCGUCACCGAGAGCAAGUAGAAAACGGCAAAGAAUUAGAAAUCAUUCACUCACAUCACUGUGUCUACUUUCACAUCAUCCCUUUUUUACGACUUUUCGCGAAUGCCUAUUUAUUUUAAAGAAAUUAAUAGACGCUUGCAACGAAUCAUCCAGUUCGAAACGAGUUGGCGCUUCUCGACAAGUGGGACGGGAUACGGUGUGGAGUGUUAUCACUAGUCAAGCGAGUGAAGCAACACCUUCAAUUGUACUGUAUGAUGUUAGAGAAAUUGAAACGUGGAUACUAAGGCUACUUUCAGCUCCAGUUCCAGUACCAGGGAAAACAAAAGUUGAAGUAGAAGUCUUGUCGCCAACUGUACAUGAUGCAUUAACUUUUGCGUUGCCAGAUCAUACAAGAUUUAGUUUGGUGGAUUUUCCUUUACAUUUACCGCUAGAGUUGUUAGGGGUAGACACUUGUUUGAAAGUAUUAACACUGAUCCUUUUGGAGCACAAGGUCGUGCUUCAAUCAAGAGAUUACAAUGCUCUUUCAAUGUCUGUGAUGGCUUUUGUUACUAUGAUAUAUCCGUUAGAAUAUAUGUUUCCCGUUAUCCCACUUCUGCCGACGUGUAUGAGUUGUGCAGAACAGCUACUCCUAGCGCCAACGCCUUUUGUCAUUGGUCUUCCAGCUAGUUUCUUGAUGUAUAAAAAAAAUUUUAGACUUCCAGAUGAUAUUUGGCUAGUCGAUUUAGAUUCUAAUAAAUUGUUCUCGAGCAAUGGAGGGUCGGAAGGCAUUCCACCGUUGCCAGAACCCGAAGCAACCAUUCUGAAAAACUACUUAAAGCAGGCUAUGCAAUUAAUGGACCAAGUGGGGACGGGAGCGCUAGGGAGUUUAUCAACGCCGACGACAGCGGGGACAAAUUCGCAGCUUAUGCCAUCGAGAAGGGACAGCAUUCAAACCCCAAAUACUCUAAGUGUUAAACAUAAAUCGCCCGAUCCCUCACCACCACCACAGUCAUUUGGGAUGGCAAAUGUUGGUCAACGAGGGAUUACUCCCACGUCAGCACAGCCUAUUCCCCAUCGACCGUCUUCGUCUCCUACGCCGUUUAAUCCCAUUAUCUACGGAAAUGACGUCGAUUCUGUUGACGUAGCGACUAGAGUUGCAAUGGUUCGAUUUUUCAACUCGCAAAAUCUGCUUGCCAAUUUUACGGAGCAUACAAGGACUUUAAGACUAUAUCCUCGACCGGUUGUCGCUUUUCAAAUUAACAGUUUUUUAAGAUCCCGCCCUCGAACUUCACAAUUUUUAAACCGAUUUGCCAGAACGCAAGCAGUCGAGUUUUUAGCAGAGUGGUCCUUGACACCUACUAAUGUGGCGUUCCAAAGGGUUCACACUGGAGUGUUGGAUCCGUCGCAAGUAGGCGACAAGCCCAAAUGGUAUCUCCACACAUUAGAGCCAAUUAAGUUCGUCGUCUGGGACGAUGGAAGCUCCUUAAAUGGGGCGUUGAGAAGUCUGCAAAAUCCAGAAAAUCAGCCAACUGAUGAAAGCGGAUCGGAUUCUGAAGGUGCUGAUAGUACGAGUUCAAGUUACUCUUCACUAAGCGAUUUUGUCUCUGAAAUGGUUUCGUCUGAUCUAUCACCAGGAGCAUCCUACCAAGAGGCGCGGAAUUCUGCCCAAAAUAUGUCGUUGUCUUCUAAUCUAGACCCACAAUCCGUCUACCAUCCUCCCUCAACUCUACAGUUCCCUGAUGGGGAAUGUCCAAAAAGUGAUCGUGCCGAGUCUCCUCAAUCCUCAUCCAGUAGCCAGUCUGAUCUUAGCUCUCCAUCAUUUAACAGAGAUUCGGAGUUAGAAUUUGGUACACGACAGAAAAGCGAAACUUGUAUCCCUGCAAAAGUGGAUAAAGAGGAAGGAGGAAGUUUUGAAAACGAAUCCGAUUCAAACUCCACUACCACUCCCAAAACAGUCGUCAGCGGUUCAGCGAAACCUGGUUCACCGACGAGUACAGCGAGUGAUCCUACCGAACGAAUUUCCUCCUCACGAAAGACCAGAUUUGGCCGCUCGAUUACACCCGUACCACCAAUCACACCUUGCUUGCAAAAACAGCCAAGCGUAGGGAAUGUAUUAGCUAGAACCUCUAGUUUUGGGUCCUCCGGUACCGCGAGUCCCGCCCCGUCACUCGGAGCAAGUGGUGACGAGAGAGUUCAAAGACAAGGAUCGCAAGGUUCUAUCUUUGAACAGUUCGCUAGCCAGGCCAAGGAAUUGGUACGGGAAACUACUAGACAAAGUAGUCAAGAUGGUUUACUGGCUCAAAUGGAUAAGCUGAAGUUGCAGGCCAAAGGAAAAUUGUCAGAUUCCGAAGAGGGAAAUAUUUUCGCACCAUUUGACAAGCUUGCGAGUCACGCAAAAAAAGCAGCGGAGGAAGCGACGAAAAGUGUCCAGGAAGUGAGCAAGACUGCGAUUGAGGCUAGUAAAAGUGCAGCUGGCGUAAGCAAGAAUACACUCGAGGAUUUGACUUACGUUGGUAAAUCCACUUUGGGGGAUUUGACGAAAGGUGCCAAGGAGGUAGCGAAGAAGGGUCUUCUACGGAGCGACUCUGUGAGUCAAAGCGGAGGAGAAUCGAGACGUGGCUCAUCGAACACAUCUCUGGUGCAGGCAGCAAGUUCCAGUUUAAUAGCGGGGACAAGCAGAGAUUUCUUCUCUAAUAUUAGCUCGGAUUUGAAUGGCAUCGCUGCCACAACGUCAAGCAUGUUUUCUGAUCUAUUUGGUGUUGGUAGUAAGGGUACUCAGAAGACUAGCCCCCAAGUUGCGACACAACAGCAGCCGCAACAACAACAGGCUAAGCAAAAAGAGACCAAGGGAGUAUUUGGACCUUUCCCUAGAGGCCCAAGAGGAUUAGUUGAAAAGAGCCCACUAAUUAAACACACCCCCAGACGUCAAGAUGAAUUGCAGCGGUUGCAGUCCGUUGAACGAUCCGCGAAUAAUGCAGAAAACCAAGCGUUCCUUAAAGACGUUGUCAACCAAGUGUUAGAAGGAGAAGGUGUCGGGUGGUUAAAAUUAAAUAGACUGAAAAAGUUGAUGGAAGACGAGUCGUACCGCAACUUUGUCUUGAGCAAAUUGAAUAAGACAUUGGACAAGAAAAUUGCCCCAGAUGAUCACAUUGAUGACGUGUGUCUACCGAAACCUAUAUGGAAGGGAGUUUUAAAGGUUUUACUAGCAGUCGUUCACGGAUUGGAGCACACGUACAGUAAUUACGGUUUGGGUGGUAUGGCUUCAGCCUUUCAGCUGCAAGAAAUCGCCCAUACCCACUACUGGAGCAAGGAAUUGGCAGAUGUUGUGUCUACAGACAACCACUUACUGUCCUCUCAAGGUUCAAGCCCUGUAGGUAGCAGGGAAAAUUUAACUUCGCCCCAGAGCCCACGCGUGAGCGCGUCGCCCGAUUGGGAUAGUUCACGAAAAUCUUCCCACGCCGAUCCUCCCCAAGUACGAUUGGUGCAAGGUGAGGAAUCGGAAUCGGAGGGACCCCAAUCAACAUCUGAUAUGUUUAAAGACAUGCUUAACCAAAAGAAAAAUAUGCUACUAAGCAAGCUAACGUCUUUUGAUUCUGAUCAGGCCGAAGGUACUUUGCAUGGUUCCGGUGGCACUCUAUCUCCCGGUGGUUCAAUUACGACAGGACCCGCUUGUAACCUAAAUCGUGGGGGUCUGCAAUCUUCCUUCCGCUCAACCGUUUCUGACACUGAAGUAGAGACUCUUCAGUUUCCCAAACCAUCAAAACAGAGGACGUCCAGCGUGUGGUCGAGUAAGUCCUCUUUAAGCACCGGGUUUAGAUACCACGGAGGCCAUAUGGUCAAUACAACAACUUCUCCUUCACCGGAAGCGGCGCGAACGUAUUUAUUUGAAGGGCUAUUGGGAAAAGAUAGGUCAACCCUCUGGGACCAAAUGCAGUUUUGGGAGGACGCGUUCUUAGAUGCGGUCUCGCAAGAACGCGAUAUGGUUGGAAUGGACCAAGGUCCUCGUGAAAUGAUGGAGCGAUAUAAGAGCUUGAGCGAAACUGAGCGCAAAAGGCUGGAGCACGAUGAAGACCGAUUACUGUCAACUAUGCUGUAUAAUUUAACUGCGAUACUCGUAAUGCUAAAUGUUAAUAAAGCGGAAAUUAAACGUAAAAUUAGGAGACUGUUGGGAAAAUGCCAUAUUGGCCUUGUAUACAGCCAGGAAGUGAAUACAUUAUUGGAUCAAAUAAACAAUUUGCAUGGGAACGAUAUUGACCUGAAGCCCUUGGGUUCAAGACUUUUGCAUCGGCAAAGCUUUACCGUUCACCAAGGGGUUGACGGUGGUGGGGAGUUGAGGUUUUUAGAAGUACGCGACGAUGGAUUAGUUCUACGGUCGGUGUCUGGUGUUAUAGUAGAACGGUGGUGGUUUGAAAGACUGGUGAAUAUGACUUAUAGCCCUAAAAACAAAGUGUUGUGUCUAUGGCGACGUAGUGGGCAACAGACGCAGUUGCAUAAGUACUACACUAAAAAGUGCAAGGAGCUGUAUUAUUGUAUCAAAGAGGCUAUGGAAAGAGGAGGGGUUGCAGGUACUGCUCCCGAACUUGGUGGAGAAUUUCCAGUACAAGACAUGAACUCAGGUGAGGGUGGUCUGCUGCAAGUCUGUAUGGAGGGUGUAGGGCUACUCUUCGCCAAUAGUAAGGACUUUGAGUUUUUCGUUAGAAUCGAUCACAUUAGGAAGUGCUUUACCCAAAAAGGAGGAAUUUUCGUGUUGGAAGAAUUCAAUCCAAAAACGCGCCAAGUAAUCCAGAGAAAGUACAAGUCGUCCAUGGCCGACCAAAUUUGCUACGCUGUGCUUUGCGUAUUUUCGUACGUUGCUGCUGGUUCAGAACGUCGAAAUCAACAGCCAAGAUCUUCUUUAGCGUCGACCCCAGCAUCGGGGAUCUCACAACCCAUAGUCACUCAAAGCCAGCCCUCUAACGAGCCAUCUGUGCAAAAAUCGCCCAUAAAGCAGCAACCAAUUGAAAGUGCGCCUAAACGACAACUCUCUCUCACACAGACAAGCACUCUAAUCUCCCAAACUCUAACUACUGCAACAUCGGAGAUGCAAAUGGAAGCGGGAUCCGUAACUCCUACAGCCGGUCCUCCGUCAUAUCCUCCCCCAGAAUUACCACCGGGCGUUCAACCCCCAGCUCUGCCACCCAGUAUUCUACGACUUGCGAAACCUCCUCCUGUCCCAAGCCGAAACAUACGCCAGAAGUCUCCACCUGUCCCACAACCACCUCCACGACAGUGACGACGGAACGGUAGGUAUUCUCUACCCUUUAUCUACGGAGAUGAAGCGUGUCUAUUGAACUCGUGUCUUCCUUGGGGUAGAGAUGCCGGUAGAAAAGACGAUUUUGUCUAAAUAAUACAUUUGUACCAUAAAAGAUAUCAGUCAGUAUUUAUUGUAUAUAAAAUAUUUUUAGGUAAUUGGGCUUAACUAAAAUUGCUUACACGCUGUGUUUAGUUUGUAAAUGUUUUGUAAUUUAUCUAUGUUGUAAUUAAGGUAUAUUUGUAAUUUAAUAUUGUAAUAAAUCACACCAAAGUUUCCUAAUUUGUAAUAUCGACGUUUUAUUAUAUCUUUGUAUAGCGUACAUAUGAUUGACGACAUGGCAAUAAACUUAUUUAAUUGUGUCUGUGGUAAAUGUAAUAUUUUAGAACAUUGGGAGCAUAUUUUUCUGUAAAAAAUGAAAAUUAGCUUCGUAUUAGACUUGUUAGCUGUUUAUUAUUGUACAUCUUGAUUAAUGUUUGUACGAUAUCCAUUUUAAGGUGCCUCAGUAUAAAAGAUCCUAUUACUCGUAAGUUUAUUUAACUACAUAAUUCGAAAUUAUUAUAGAUUAUUUACAAUUAUUAUUCUUAGUAAAG